CCAGUUCAUCCACACAAAGCGCAGCACAGCACGAACACCUGAACACCAAUGCUGCUUCAGAGCUUAGACAAGCGCCUAUGCUUCGCCUAUUUCAGUUCCAUAGCCGCAUCACCUUCCUCCGCUCUGUCCCAUCGGCGCCUGCGCCUCCUACCCUACCGGAGCCAUGCCACGCCCACCAGGUUCUCGGCGAAAUGCGCCGCCGGUUCUCGGCCCGGCCCUGCUGCGCAGCAAGACGACGCAGCGCCGGAAUAUCGCCUCCCUCCAAAGGAAAUCCAGGAAAUCAUGGACGUGCCACCGAAUCCAAGUUACUAUGUCUCCCCUCGCCGAGAUAGGAUCAUGUUCCUGAAACGUAGAGCUAUGCCUCCAUUGUCCGAGCUUGCAAAGCCUGAUAAAAUACUCGCUGGUAUUCGGAUCGAUCCCAGUUCUAACGCAAGGAGUCGAAUGUCCUUUUAUACUGGGAUUAGUGUCCAUCUGCUGAUGGAUGAUGGAAGUUUGGGUCCAGAGAAAGUGGUCCAUGGGUACCCAGAUGGUGCAAAGAUUAAUUUCAUAACAUGGUCACCAGAUGGUCAGCACAUGGCCUUCACUGUGCGCUAUGGAGAUGAGGUGAGCAAUGGUAGCAAUUUAGCAUUGUGGGUCGCUGAUGCUGAAUCUGGACAAGCUCGUCCACUUUUCAAAUCAACAGACAUAAGACUGAAUGCUAUUUUUGAGCUAUUUGUCUGGGUGGAUAAUUCCACUCUGUUGGUUUGCACUGUUCCUUCAUCACGUGUCGAUUCACCAAAGAAGCCAUUGAUUCCUUUUGGUCCAAGGAUUCGUUCCAAUGAGCAGAAAAAUGUAAUCCGGAUGAGAGCCACGAAAGAAAUGUUGAAAGAUUUGCAUGAGGAAGAAUUGUUCAAUUACUAUGCAACCUCUCAGUUAGUACUGAUCUCGUUGGAUGGGAUAGUGAUGCCAGUAGCCUCCCCUGCUAUAUAUGUUUCUCUUAAUCCUUCACCAGAUGAGAAGUACUUGAUGCUCACCUCUGUUCACCAGCCAUAUUCUUCUAUAGUCUCCUAUAAAAGGUUCCCGAGGAAGGUUGAGUUGUGGACAGUUGAUGGUAGAUUUGUCCGUGAAGUUUGUGAUCUACCCCUUGCUGAGAAUAUUCCAAUUGCACCUAACAGCGUCCGUAAGGGAAAACGUUUAAUCAGGUGGAGGCCUGACAUGCCUUCAACAUUUUAUUGGGUGGAGGCACAAGAUGGAGGAGAUGCAAAUGUUGAAGUCUCACCACGUGAUAUAGUUUACAUGGAACCUGCUGAGCCUUUAAAUGGCGAGAAACCUCAAGUUCUAGUUAAACUUGACCUUCGGUAUAGAAAGAUCUCUUGGUGCUAUGGAUUGCAUGCACUGGUCUAUGAAUAUUGGCACAAGACACGCAGAACAAGAACAUGGGUUAUCUCUCCUGACUGCAAAGAGUUUAGCCCACGAUUAUUAUUCGAUAGAUCUUCCGAAGAUGCCUACUCAAGUCCAGGUUCUCCAAUGAUGUGCAGAACUCGUGCAGGCACCCUCGUCAUUGCAAAAAUUAAGACAAGUGAAGAGACCUACAUCUUAAUGAAGGGACUGGGUGCCACGCCAAAAGGAAGCGUCCCUUUCCUUGAUCUCUUGAAUAUAACUACGGGAACGAAAGAGCGGAUAUGGGAAAGUGGCAAAGAGAAGUACUAUGAAUCUGUUCUUGCACUGAUGUCAUAUUGUCCCGAAUGUGAAAUCCAGCUAAAUCAACUAAAAUUACUUAUAUCAAAAGAGUCAAGAAGUGAAGCUACCCAAUAUUAUCUUAGUAUUUGGCCAGAUAAGACGGAAGUCCAGUUAACAAGUUACCCCCAUCCAUAUCCUCAGCUGGCAUCGUUGCAGAAAGAAAAAAUCAGAUACAAGCGGGAAGAUGGCGUUAAACUUACUGCUACAUUAUAUAUGCCUCCAGGCUAUAAUCCAUCAAAAGAUGGGCCUCUUCCAUGCUUGAUUUGGUCUUAUCCUGGAGAGUUUAAAAGCAGAGAGGCUGCUGGGCAAGUUCGCCGUUCACCCAAUAAAUUUGCACGCAUUAACAACAAUUUUCCUCUUCUUUGGUUAGCUAGAGGGUUUGUUAUUUUGGCUGACCCGACAAUCCCCAUAAUUGGUGAAGGAGACCAAGAGGCGAAUGAUAGGUACAUCGAGCAGCUAAUUGCUAGUGCGGAAGCAGCAGUAAAUGAAGUUGUAAGAAGAGGGGUUGCUCACCGUGACAAAAUCGCUGUGGGUGGUCAUUCAUACGGUGCAUUUAUGACUGCUAACCUCUUGGCACAUGCACCUCACCUUUUCUGCUGUGGAAUCGCACGUUCGGGAGCCUACAACAGGACACUUACUCCAUUUGGCUUUCAGAAAGAGGUGAGGACGCUCUGGGAGGCUACCGAUACCUAUAUUAAGAUGAGCCCCUUCAUUUUAGCUAACAAAAUCAAGAAACCAAUUCUACUGAUUCACGGAGAAGAAGACAGCAAAGUAACAACAGCAAUGCAGUCAACUCAAUUUUACGAUGUUUUGAAAAGGCAUGGAGCGCCAUGCCGCCUGGUGAUUCUCCCAUUCGAGGGUCACCGAUACACUGCAAGGGAGAGCAUUAUGCAUGUAAUUUGGGAGACUGAUAGGUGGCUGCAGAAAUAUUGUGCAAGUAAUUAAAGCAGCACCCAGCUUGUGGAGUCCAGUGUUGAGAAGACAACACAAUCAGCCUUUGAAGCCUUAAUGUUGAACUUGACCAGUUUGAGCAACCUUAUACUACUGGCCUUGGAUCAUAUUGGCUUAAUGAAGUUCAAAAGCAAUUCACAAUGAUAUUGCUGGGUUUCCAUGCGACACAGAAGAGCACUGUCUCAUUCCUUGUCAUUCUUGACACUUGUAACACGGCACUCUGAGCCAUACUCUUACAGGCCAAUAGACACCAUUGGUAUAUCUGUAUCUCUAUUGUCUGCUUUUCAAGAGCAUGGCUUCUCUGCAGUUUUUUUCUUGAAUGUUAGAGCAUUAUACACAAAGUGCUAUAUCAUCAGGAUCUGCCAAUGCACAAAUCUUAGGCCUGAAGACAUCAACUCUGUAAAAUUCAAGUAUGAUAAAGCAUAGCGAGGGCGAUAGUAUUUUAUUGGUAGGGCUCAAAUAAACUUGGAAGCACUGGUGACAUUUUCUUGCUUGACAAAUCCUAUACAGAAAAACAAAGACUUGUAUGACACUGGGUGUUUGAUAAUAUAUUGAGCGUGGAGAAGGUCAAUUAAGUCUCCAUCAUCUAUGAAUAGUUACAAACAGAUAAGGCAACUGUUGUACCAUGUGAGCUUGUUUCGAUGAUGCUUGUCAAAUAAAAUCUGCUUUUUUCUGCUGAGUUUGUUAAUGUGGUACACUUAAGGAUCAACUAACAAUUAAAGAUUAUUUUAGAUAACAUGAGACUAACUCAAGCCUAGCUUCAUCAUCAUCCUGUUGCACAAGCACAUGAUUUGGACAGCAACAAAGGCUAGCCAGGAGCCUAGAAAGGAUAAUUGCUUGAUCCAUGCUAAGAUCGAAGGAGGGACAUGGAUUCUGGCCAAAAAACAAUUGUCAGCACUAAAUGAUUCAGUGUUAGCUUGCUGGCGAUUCAAAUAUUCUUCCCUGAACUUGAACUCUUCUUUAACCUGCAGUUUGAAUGUUAUUUACCACUCCAUUGUGCCACCUGAUGAGGGAAAGUCAUCAAUGUACUUGCAUAGCUGUUAUUCCAUGGGUCAUUUCAUUUAAGAGGUCGCCUGGAGGAGGCACACCACAAGCACAUCGCAGUCAUGAUAUACAUGUACAUACACGCGUGCGCGUGCACUACACGCGCUAUAUUCCCGAGUACAGGAUUUUUUUGACAGCAUUUUAAUGUAGGUCGCUGUCAAGGAAUCAAAUCCAAGCACACAUUUUUAGACUUUGUACUACCACACCAUUUAUUUUGCAGGAGAAAGCCAAAUGGUGGUUUGAAUUCUCCACAACGACAGAAGCAUCUCUGUGUCUUGCAAGACUUGUGCAGGCCACACGCCUUUCCAUCUGUUCUGUCCAUACAAGCAACACCCAUACCAUUCUGGUACGUUUCCUUCCCCAAUCCUCCUUGCAACUUGGCGAGUGGAGAUUUCUAUCAGAUCGCAGCUGAACCUGAACAGUAGCUGCCAUAGCCUCAUCCAGGGCUUCUCCAUGUUGCCCUUAUCUUGUUCUCCCGAAGGUAUUGCCUUCAUCUGAGCAAUAUCUGUUGAUGCGCCUGGGCCAUUCAUCGCCGAAAGUCUCACCAACCGGUUCAGAUCAAUGAAGAAUAUUUGCCCCUGUUUCGAUCCUCUCGUCGAAAAGCUCCAUUCAGGGUGUUUUCUGUCAGGGGUGCGAGUGAACGGCUGGGACGAUGUCUUCCAAAAAAAAAAUCAGAAUGAUUGGCCUCAUCUUUUGCAGUUUCUUUGUGUGCAAAGUCAACAAGUCGAAAUGGUUCUCAUGGGCACCUUUAGUACCUAUCUUUUUUGGGUGCCUUCCAAUGAUUCCCAAAGGCCAAGAAGCCAAGCUAGGCCUAGGAGCACCACUUGCAUAUCUGAUGGCUGUUACUGUCUUACAGUGGCAAGCAAAAGGAGAGGUGAUGAGAAGAUAGGAGACGCGGCAGCAAGCAAGAUCGACAGAGAAAGCAGCCGGUAGGUGGUGCAAUUUAGAAAGCUCCAGGGGCACACUAAUUUCACCCGAGUCGUCGCGUUUUCGCCUCGAUUUGUAGCCUCCUGUUUGGUUCAGACCAAUCACUGCCACAAUAAAAGGUAGACAUUUGGUACAUUGCUUGGCUGCUGUGAUAUGAGAUUGUUUCUAAAUAGUGACUCACAGCCAGGGUAGUUGCCAGUUGCCUUCACUGGCACUGUAUUAUUAUUAGCCUGAAACUGAGACGUUUCGACUUGUUGCUGUCACUCAAUCUAUUUCGUACUAUUAAUUCAUUUAUCGGUGUCCGUA